AAACUGCCUUCUUCGUCGUUCAAACUAAAUUUAAUCAAUUUCUGAUUUGGAGUCGCUCAAUCGUAAACCAUAAAGAUGGCAGAGCACUUGGCGUCGAUAUUCGGAACGGAGAAAGACAGAGUGAACUGUCCGUUUUAUUUCAAGAUCGGAGCGUGUAGACACGGUGACCGGUGUUCUAGACUCCACACAAAGCCAAGUGUAAGCCCUACGCUUUUGCUUUCGAAUAUGUAUCAGCGACCUGACAUGAUUACUCCUGGCGUCGAUGCUAAUGGCAACCCUAUCGAUCCUCGCAAGAUCCAGCAGCACUUUGAGGAGUUCUAUGAGGAUCUGUUUCAGGAACUAAGCAAAUACGGAGAAAUUGAUAGCCUGAAUGUCUGCGACAACCUGGCUGACCACAUGGUGGGGAAUGUGUAUGUUCAGUUUAGAGAGGAGGAAGAUGCUGAAAAUGCACUUCGGAAUCUGAGUGGGAGAUUCUAUGCUGGUCGUCCUAUCAUUGCUGAUUUCUCCCCAGUGACAGACUUCCGUGAAGCCACCUGCAGGCAAUAUGAGGAGAAUGCUUGCAAUCGCGGUGGCUAUUGCAAUUUCAUGCAUCUCAAGAGAAUUGGCAGGGAGUUGAGGCAUCAAUUGUUUGGGAGGUACAGACGAAGGCGUAGUCACAGCCACAGCAGAAGCAGAAGCCUCCAGAGGCACCGGAGCCAUGAAGAGUACUAUCAUGUUGGCCGUGGUUCUGGUAGAAGAUAUGAUGAUGAGGACCGCUAUCGUGGAAGUCGGAGCAGGAGGUACAGGAGUAUAAGCCCUGAUCAAUCGAGACGAAGAAGUAGAAGCCCUGGGUUAAGGCGUAAUCGAAGCCCAGUUAGGGAAGGCAGUGAGGAGAGGCGUGCUAGAAUUGCCCAAUGGAAUAAGGAAAAGGAGCAGCAGCAGGAAACUGCAAAACAGGUCAACACUGAUAGUGGCAACAAUACAAGUGGAGUUGGUGAUAAUGGGUAUAAGCAAAAUGGUAAUAAGGAUCAUGGAUAUCAGCAGCAAGGACAGUAUGCUUAUUGAUCCAUUUUAGAUGCCUGGUGGUGUGCAGGUUCACAAUACUGUCAUGUGGAAUGUUUCUUUUGCAUCUUUAUUCAUGAUGCUUGAUUGUGUGCUUGAGUGCAUGAUGGGCCACUAUAAUUAGAAUGACCAACCUCUUCAUUAACUUGCAUUAUUAACACAUUCCGUAAUGGCAAUCAUCAUGCUUUUUAAAAUAAUUGCUUUCCUAUGAAGUGUUCCAAAAUCUCAAGUGUUAUAGUCAUGAAAGAUGCUUUGUCUGUUGAAUUACCAGUUUGAAAUGUUUUGACAAUCAAUCGAAAGUUUUUUUUCCAACUUUGUGAAGCUCUUUAGGACAUUAAGAACAUGUUAUCUCGAUAAAUAUAAGUGCAGACAGUUCGAUGAUAACUUCUAAUUGCAUGCUUGUCUAAAAUUCAUAUCAUUUUGCUUUUGUAUGCUUGUCUGAAAUACAUUUCAUCAAAUUUUGAUUGCAUGCUUAUCUGAAAUUCAUUUCAUAAACUCUUGCUUGCAUGCUUGUCUGAAAUUCAUUUCAUUCUUGUAUUUAUAAGUGUGUUACAGUCAGAGAUCUUAUGACCACCUCACAUUUCCGGCUAUUGAACGAUCAAUUUUGCACGGUUAUGUAUUGGGUUUUGCUCUUAUAAACUCCUUUUCAAAUUUUCAUUUGAUAAGAAUUAGUUUGAGAGCUUACACAUUUUACCAAGUUGUGCAGGUUCAGGUAUCCCUGCUUGUCAAAGACCCAGCCAUUGUUAAUUAUUAUAAUAAUAAUUCUUACCAUGAAAUUUGUGUACAGGUUGUUGGGUGUGCUUUCAGAGGCAGGUUCUGCAGGAUCUUCGUCAACAGCUGGAUUGCUUGCUUUGUUAAUUUUAGGAUAUUUUAGGUAUUAGCUUAGUUAGCAUUUGUUAUUGGUACAGGCACAGUGUUGUAUUUGCAGUUGCAGCCUUCUGCUGCCCUGAACUAGGCUUCAGAAUCUUGUUAAACUUAAAGGUCUCCAUUUGAGUUUUUAUUGUAAUAAUAUUUGGGUUCUGGACAUAAA